CACGAUAAAUUUUGUUGCGUAUACCUAAAAAUAUGCAACACUUGUACAGUAAAAUAAUUUGUGUUACAUAUACGUAUAUUUUAGGCAACGACCACAGGAAUCAGACUUGGGAGCUAGUCAAACGACCACAGGGAAGGAAUAUUGUUACAAACAAGUGGAUCUACAAGAAGAAGGAAGGAAUCGGUUCUCAAGAGGACAUUAAACUUAAAGCUCGGGUGGUUGCACGAGACUUCUCGCAAAUGGAAUGAGUUGACUACAAUGAGAUUUUCUCACCAGUGGUCGACAUACUUCGAUCAGGGUGCUACUAGCAAUAGUGGCUGGCGCAUUAUGACUUGGAGCUCGAGCAGAUAGACGUGAAGACAACUUUCCUACAUGGAGAGUUGGAGGAAGAAAUUUAUAUGACUCAGCUAGAAGGAUUCCAGGUUCCAGGAAAGGAAGACUAUGUUUGUAAGCUGAAGAAGUCCUUGUAUGGACUUAAGCAAUCUCCGAGGCAGUGGUACAAGAGAUUUGACAGUUACAUGCUUGAGCUAGGCUACAACAGAAGUCCAUAUGAUUGUUGUGUAUAUCACAUCAAGGCAGAGGAUGGUUCGAUGAUAUAUCUAGUUUUGUAUGUGGAUGAUAUGCUCAUAGCUGCGAGGUCGAAGUCUGAUAUCCAGAAGUUAAAGGGGCUUCUUAGUGCUGAGUUUGAGAUGAAGUUUUUGGGAGCUGCUCAGAAGAUCUUGGGUACGGAGAUUUACAGGGACAGGUCGAAGAAGAAGCUUUUCUUGUCACAGAAGAGCUACAUCCAUAAGAUACUGUCGAGGUUUGACAUGUCUUCAGCAAAGCCCUUAAAUACUCCUAGUGCUUCAAAUGUUCAUUUAUCCUCAACUUAUGCAUCGCAGUCAAAGGCUGAGAAGGAGUACAUGUCGAGAGUCUCAUAUGCUAGUGCAGUAGGUAGCUUGAUGUACGCUAUGGUAUGCACUAGACCUGAUGUUGCACAUGAUGUUAGUGUUGUCAGCAGGUUCAUGAUACAACCUGGGAAGGAGCAUUGGCAGGCUGUGAAGAGGAUCUUCCGGUACCUUAAGGGUACACCUGAUGUUGGGAUUAGCUUUGAAAGUGAUACAGAGUGCUUGGUGUCUGGGUAUUCUGACUCGAACUAUGCUGGAGAUGUUGACACGAGGAGAUCGGUGACAUUGUCUACUACUGAGGCAAAGUAUAUGGCGUUGACAGAAGCUGUUAAGGAGGAAAUAUGGUUGAAGGGACUGGUUGGUGAUCUGGGUCUACAUCAUGAUCAGGCAGUGGUGUAUUAUUGCGAUAGUUUGAGUGCAAUAUGCUUGGCCAAGGAUCAAGUCCACCAUGAGAGGACUAAGCAAAUCGACGUGAGGUAUCAUUUCUUGAGGACGGAGAAGAGGAUUAAGGUGAAGAAGGUUGGCACCGCGGAUACUCAUGCUGAUAUGUUCACGAAGCCGGUUCCACAUGGCAAGUUCCAACAUUGCUUGGACUUGCUGAAUGUCUUGAGUGGGUGACUCCGCCCUAUGUGGUAUUGAUAGCGGGAGAGAGAGAGAGAGAGAGAGAGAGAGAGAGAGAAGGAUCAUAGUACAUCAGAGAUUUCAGAGGAAGAGGAUUCAAGUCAAGGUGGAGAUUUGUUGAUGUGAUUUGAAUCGGACUAUCAGCCGCUACGACUAGAAUAGUCUGUAACCGUUUGUAACCGUUUCCUUUUCCAGAUUGGAUUAGGUUGAGACCCUCAUGGAGUACUAUAAAUACUUCUCAUACUCCUCUGUAAUAUGUAAUCUCCUCGAUAUAGUGAAACUGACUCUCUCUCGCCCGUGGACUAGCAAACACACAUCGUGUUAGUGAACCACGUAAAUCGUGUGCCGUGUUUUCGAUUCUCGCUUUCGUAUUCUUGCUUUGUCCAUUCCAGCGAUGUCCCGAUCCGUGGUAGCGCGUUUAUAAAUUUUUUUUAAUUGG